AUGUCCCCGAAUAUCCACGAACCGGAUGCCGGCUCGAGGAAGAGAACGCAUGACGAAUUCAUCGACAGUCCCGGCCGGCUAGAUAUGGACCAAUCUACGCAGUCCGAAAACUUUUGCGAGCAGAAACCAGUCGCCAUACCGCCGCCGCCACCUACGAAAUCCCAACUACAAUUGCCCUUAGUACCAACCAUCAUGGUCAACUCCGCUCCCGAGGGCAGUCCCGCGGCUUUGGCCGAUGCUAGGUCUAGCCCGCCCGCUCGGGAUCCACACUCCCCGAACAAGACAUUGUCGAACUCUCCCGGGCCGAAAGGCAUUACUACCGAACUACCUCAACUGCGCGCCUCCGUCCCUCAAGUACCUGGGCACGUGGACCAGACCCUACAGCCGGCGAAACGAAAGCCCACCCCGGCCCAGGAGCAACGCUCGGAGAAGCGCCAGAAGAAAGAGGAGGAAGCGGCGGAGAAACGCCAGAAGAAGGAAGAAGAAGCCGCUGAGAAGCGCCAGAAGAGGGAGGAAGAGGCUGCUAAGAGAGCCGCUAAGGCUGCCGAAAAGGCAGCUGAAAAGGCCAAGAAACAGGCGGCCGAGGAGGCUAAGAGGCGGAAAAAGGAGGAGGAGGAGCUCGCCGCGAAGCGAAAAAAGGAAAAACAGCAGAGCGUCAUGGCCAGCUUCAUCCAACGAGCACCUACCGCGCCCUCCAAAACCGCCCCGGGGCCUUCGACGAAACCCAGCGAACCCGAUGCGAGUUCCGCCGCAUCGCAAGCGGCGACAAAACCCGAAAAGUCGGCGUACGAGCGCGCGUUCCAGCCCUUCUUCGUCAAGCCCGGCGUGACCAUGGCUCGCUCGCCAUUCGAGAUGGACGAAGAGACCAGGGCGGCCAAGUCGCAGGCCCUCGACGAGUACGUCCGCGGCGAGCGCGGCGAGUUCGACCCGAAGCCGCUCGACCCGGCGAAGGCCUUCGGUCUGCCGCCGGCCCGGAGGCGCGGCCUGCCGCCGGUCAGCGUGCGGAAGAUCAUGAGCCAAGCGUACGGGGACGGGCCCGCGCCGGCGGUCCCGAGCCGGGUGCAGGAGCAGCUCAGGGCGGUGCGGAUGAAGUGCCUGCGGUUCUACGAGGACGUGCGGCCGGCGUACUUCGGGACGGCGACGGGGGCGGCGGCGGCGGCGGGGCCAGGGCGGCUGCGCAAGCUGGCGCGCGACCCGGCCGGGCGGCACCUGCAGCUCGAGUACGACUACGACUCGGAGGCGGAGUGGGUCGAGGACGACGGCGAGGACCUCGGCGACGAGGACGAGGACGACGAGGACCACGACGGCGACGAGGAGAUGGACGACUUCCUCGACGACUCCGAGGACGUCCUCGCCGCCGCCGCCGCCCGCCCCGCCUUCCUCGGCGACAAGGAGCCCACCAGCACCGGCAUCUGCUACGAGGACGGCCGGGGCGCGAACCCCUGCGCCGCCAUGCACCAGUACCGCCUCGAGAUCCUGAUCGACGUGGCCGACCCCAGCGUCGGCAUCGACCCCUUCUCUACAUCGUACUGGCCGUCGGGUCCGAAGCGGGCGGCGGGCAAGAGCGGCGGCAGCGCGAACUGCGCGGCGCCGACGGCGGGCCUGGUGCCGAAGUCCGUGCCGGGGGCGCCACCCGGCGGCGGGGCCUCGCCGGCGGACGCGUACGCGCGGCUGCUGGUGGGCGACGCGGCGGCGGGCUCGGGGCCGGUGGCGGACGCGCGGGACGUGGUGCCGCGGGAGGUGUUCGACGCGUUCCGGGCGGCGGUGGUGAGCGAGGAGUUCCGCGGCUUCACCAAGGGCACGGUGGCGGAGAUGCUGGCGAAGCGCUUCGCGCCGGCCUGCACCAAGGCCCAGGUCAAGGCCACGCUCGACCGCGUCGCCCGCCGCGUCGCCGCCGCCGGCGCCCCCCGGAAGUCGGACAAGCGCUGGGAGCUGCUGCCCGCCUUCGCGACGUAG